AUGCCUUCGGUUGUUAUUAUGAAUUUUUCCAAUUAUUACGGCGAAAAGUUGAAAAUAUCCUUUCCACACAAGGGGUUCACAGCAUUGGCUGUUAUUGUUCAGCGAGACAGUUCAGAUAUUAAUGUCCGUGCGCAAUUAACAUUAAUGAUUCACAUUACGAAAAUAGAAAUGCAAUUGUGGUUAGCGGUAUUGCUAUUUAUGAAAACUGAAACUUUAUUUAAUCAUACAAGUCUGGCACAACAGUUAGAACAAUGGAAAUCUACUGUAUUAAAAACUAUCAAUCAUCCUCAGUGUAUUUAUUUGCAAGUUAACGAAUUGAUUUACGAUCUUAUACAUGAAGUUUUCGGUCCAAAUACGGAAAUAAACAGAAUGGCUAAAUCUUCGACAGAAAUUCGUUUUAUUUCGAUCGAUUUUCCAACAUUACAUCGAUUUUCCGGCAUAUUCGAGAUGCAAAAGAAUGCAUUUGAUUUUGAUUCUAACGAGGGAAGGCCACCAACUGCCCCAUCGCUUUUGGCUUAA